AUGAUGCCUACGGGCGUCAAUCCGCACGCCAGCGGGAUGCAGACGCCCAUGCCAAGCCUGCCUGGUCGCCCGUCGUUGCCAUCUCAGGCCGCUCCGCCCUCCGCUCCUCCUUCCGCUCCCGCCGGGCCUGCACGUCCCCACAGCACGCCCAAAGUCGCCAAGCAACCCCGCCAGAGCACGUCCAGCCUCCCCGCCCCGCCCCUAGACGACGUCCACGCCGCCUUUGUUGAGUUUCGCGCAAAGGAAGAGGAUAAGUGUUUGUCUGUACAAUGUAUAUAUUGUCAGCAGGUACGCGCAAAGAACACCAGUCGCCAGCGCCAACAUCUGCUAGAAUGUCCGACCUACCUCAACGUCAUGAAAGACUCUAUCCCAGCAAACAACCUACAGCAUACAUUCCCGGAGGGAGACAUUGCUCGGUCCCUACAGCUUCCCGCACCCACACUGGAGCUUGAUUUCCGCAUGAGCAUCAAGCUGAAUCCUUCUGUCUCGCUUGGACACAGCAUCUGGGGCCAGCGUGACUGGGUCACUUUUGUUGGAGGCCAGUGGGCCGGUAGAUGGGGCAAAGGUGUUGUCUUGCCGGGAGGACAAGAUUCCCAGGUAGUAGUCAAAGAGCUUGCCACAAGCAUGAAAUCCUCAUAUCUCCUUCAAACCUCUGACGAACCGCCUGCAUUCAUCAUGGUCAAGGCCAAUGGCUGGAUGACCGGUGCCAAAGAGGUCCUGGAAAAGGUCUCUGACCCUACCGUCGCUGACUCCGUCAACCCAAACACGUACAAAUACCGUGUCAAUAUCUCUAUGGAAACCGGCGAUGAACGAUACGCGUUUGUUAAUACCAUCAUGUGGGUUGGCAGUGGCUGUCGUCGUGGCUCAGAAGGUAUUACCCCCACACCAUGCCGCCCCUCCGGUACGAGAUGCACUAACCUUCAUUUUAUAGUGAUCCUUGAUGCCUUCCGUGUCAACUAA